AUGGUCGCUAUUAACAACAUCAUUGCUUUAACUUCAGUCACUGCUUUUGCUUCAGCUGCUGCUUUACCAGAAGCUAACUGGUGGGGUGCUCCAAAACCAAGUGAAGGUCAAAAUCCAACUUGGGGUCCAAAACCAUCAAAAUCUCAUCCAGCCUGGGGUCCAAAACCAACUAAAUCUCAUCCAACUUGGGGCCCAAACCCAUCUAAGUCUGAACAUCAUUGGGGUCCACCAACUGGUGCCCCAUUCCCAUCUUCAAAUGGUACUUUCCCUCAUCAUUCACAAGGUCAUGCUCAACCAACUGGUCAUCAUUCAUUUGUUUUACCAACUAAAUCAUGGCCAUCUGCUUUCCCAUCAGAAUGGCCAACUGAAUUCACUGGUGCUUUCCCAACUGGAUGGCCAACCGCUGUUCCAACUGAUAUUUCUAAUAUUGAAUCAAUUAUCAAUGAAAUUUGGGAACACAUCACUUCAGCCAUUGGUGAAGAUUUUGGUGCUGCUCCAAGUGAUGCUCCAGAUUCCCAAGAUGCUGACUUCUUAUAUGCUUCAUCAUCCACUAUCACUUUAUAA